AUGGCAGGCGACUGCUCGCCCAGCGCUGGGGUGAAGUUCGCAGACGUGCCUAAUGGACUUGCCGCCCUGGGCAAGGUGCCUGCUGGCGGCUGGCUGCAGAUCGUGCUUUUCCUUGGUUUGGUGGAGAAGGGCUUGUACACCUAUGAUUCUACCCGCGCUCCCGGCGACUACAAAAGCGCAGGCGUGCUGGGCGUGCCCAACGGCAGCACCAUGGUGCCGGGCGAGGGCCGCAACCGGAAGCUCAAUUCCGAGCUGGCGAAUGGGCGCCUGGCCAUGAUGGCCAUCAUCGGCAUGUUCUUCCAGGACGGACUCACAGGCUCUGCUUGGGGUGACUGGGCCAACUACGCAGACUCGCCGCUGCGGGCGUUCGAGGACGAGUUGGGUGUGCAGGCGCCGGUGGGCUUCUUUGACCCGAUGGGCAUGUCCAAGGAUGGUGAUGUCACAGCUUUCCGCAGGCGCCGUGAGAGCGAGCUGAAGAACGGCCGGGUGGCGAUGUUUGCAGCCAUGGGCUUCAUCACGCCGGAGUACUUCCGGUUCCCAGGCUACCUUUCGCCUGCAAAGAGCUUGAAGUUUGCAGACGUGCCCAACGGCCUGGCGGCCCUUGGCAAGGUGCCCUUCACUGGCUGGGUCCAGAUCUUCCUGUUCUGCGGCAUGGUGGAUUUCGGCCUCUACAGGGCGGAUGACUCCCGUGACCCGGGUGACUAUGCGAAUGCAGGCAUCCUGGGAGUGCCCAACGCCAGCGGCCCCAUGAGUGAUCCGGAGGGCCGUAAGAGGAAACUCAACUCGGAGCUGGCGAACGGGCGACUGGCCAUGGUGGCCAUCACGGGCAUGCUGUUCCAGAACGGAAUGUUCGGCACCACGGGUCCAGCAAUGUGGGGCUUCUGAGGCGCUUGCCUUGAGCUUGAGAAUUGGUAACUUUUGAUUCUGAGAAUGGCACUUUGUCAAGACACUUGCAAGCGGACGGCGAAUGGCCAUUCUGCCCUGUGCACUGGAUUCAAGAGAUGCAUGCAGGUGCGGGCUCCAGGCUCUUGAAGGGAGCGAGAAGCCAUCGAGAUGUG